GCGGCGCAUCUCCACUGUCGCGUAUUUACGCGCAUCAUCAUCAAUCGUUCAUUCCGCAGUACUGUAAGAAGUCUGAGUAGAUCUGUUCUUUUAUCAAGCAGAACUGAGGCUUGCUGACAGUUUUCCGCACACUCACUCACACACACACUCACGCGCGCUCGCGCGCGCACGCACGCACGCACGCACACACGCACACACACAAACACAAAACUGUAAUUGCAGUGACUGCCUGGAGGCGUCGGUAGCUUCUCUUUCUCCCAGACACUCACAUGGGAAACAUUUAUAAGACAAAAGAGCGAAGAUACGCAUCGCGCAUCAUUCUAGCGGACCGGAUUAAACACCUGGACUUUGCGUGGCUCUAACCGUACCAGAUCUGAAGGUCUGGAUCAGAAGAGAAGGGAUAAACGGACAAACAAGGCAACAGGAGGGCUUACAAACAAAGUGCAACUGGAUAUUGAGCUGGAGACGCGCUGGCUGGAUUGUGGAAACCGAGCUUCGCCCUUUCCAUGGUGCUGAAAUGAUCUGAUCUAUCACCGAACCCACGAGGCAGAGUUCGGAACGCGAACACAACAGCUCAUCAUCUAGACAGGUGUAUCUUUUGUACAGAGCAGCGAAGUUCUUUUUGGAUCGUAAGAUGCUGGACAUUCUUUGUGGACGGCGGAGGUUCGGGGCGUCAGUUCGUACACUGCCGUGCUCGUUUUGGUUUGUGCUGCUUUUUGCAGUAGGGGGAGUUGUUCUCUUCAUACACCUGCAAGAUAUUGCCGACAUCAUGCAACAGCAGGCUCCAGAAGAAGGUCUUAAGGAUUCAGGACAACAUAAGGGUAUGAAGUUCAGCGGCACCACUCCAUCAAAAGAGUAUACCCAAUUCAGUGUGAAGGUAACCAGCAUCUCCGCUAGUCAUGGCAAAGUUACACAGCGGUCUGCUCAAGGCGAUGUCAGCCCCAUCUUACCAAUGCAGUUGCCACAUUCUCUGGGGCUCCAGCAGACUGCCACCUCAAGGGCCCGAGAGCCCGCCCUUAGCUCUCCAUUGGUCACCAAACUACAGCGAAAGCUUUUAAAGACCAGCCCGGAGUCACGAGCAAUGACAAACUCUUCGAUAUCCUUUUCCUCCACUUCAGUGCUAUCUACCGAUUCAUCGUCAGAUUCACCACCGAAGUUUGUCUCAAUGCCGGAGAGUCUGGCGGAUGUUCAGGAAUCUCGUCGACGGCUAAUACGGGAGGUUUGUGCGAAGUAUCGGAGUAAUAUAUCUCGAACCAUAAUGCCCCACCACGUGGCCCGGAUUUAUGUCGAAGACAGACAUAAACUGCUCUACUGUGAGGUGCCCAAAGCCGGGUGUUCUAACUGGAAGAGAGUUCUGAUGGUGCUUGCAGGUAUCGCCAACUCCACAAGUGGAAUCGAUAACGGCUUCGUUCACAAUAGCAAUCAAUUGAAACGCCUCGACUACUUUGACCGGAAGGGCAUCACCGAACGUCUGAAAACAUACACCAAAAUCUUGUUUAUCAGAGAGCCCCUGGAACGGCUGGUGUCUGCUUACAGGGAUAAAUUUGAGAGCCCAAAUGUCUACUAUCAUCCCGUGUUCGGGAAGCAUAUCAUCGCCAGAUACAGGGUGAAUGCAUCAAAGGAGGCUUUGAAGACGGGAAGCGGUGUCACCUUUCAGGAGUUCAUUAAAUACUUGUUGGACGUUCACCGGCCCGUGGGAAUGGACAUCCACUGGGAGCCGUCAAAUCAGCUCUGCAAUCCGUGCCACGUGGAAUAUGACUUCAUCGGAAAAGCCGACACUAUGGGAGAAGACGCCAACUUGUUCUUGCGAAGUAUUGGAGCCCCGGCAGACCUGGAGUUCCCUACACUCAAGGAUGGGAACCCGAAAGCGGCCAGAACUUCUGUUGAGAUUAUGCAGCAGUAUUUUGCAAACUUGACCGUAUCUGAGAGGCAAAGGGCAUACGAUUUCUACUACAUGGAUUACCUAAUGUUUAAUUACUCAAAACCCUACAAAGAUUUGUACUGAAGUUGUUUCUUUCUACAUCUGUUGGCUACCUGUGCAGUGCGCCACCCAUUGUCCAAUCAAUACUAAAAUCAGUUCAGAGACUAAUUAGACUAAUUCUCCUAUUGAGGUGUGUUAAUUUUCCACAAUUCCACAGUCUUGUCAUCUUUGUAUGCACUAUACAAGAAACACACUGCAAAACGUCAUUUUCUUAAUCAGUAUUAUUGUUUGAUUUUUGUUGAAAAAUACCUAAACAUCCAAGAUACAUUUACUUAAGAAACAAAAUGAUGAUGUGAUAUUAAGGCUUGUAAAAAUAUCUGUUGUACGUUUUAUGCUUAAAACAUUAAAAAAAAAUUUUGGUAGUGUGGUGAGAAAAAUAAAUGGAGCAUUCACGUCAUGUAACAAUUACCAUAUUUACGAGAGUCUGACUUCAUAGAACUCGAAAUUACAAGUUGUAAACUCGGAAUUCUAAAAAAGCUCUGACUUGACAGUUGUGGUGUCAAGUAAAAGGAGUCAAUAUGGCACCUGUCUUAACAGUUACAAGUAUUGAACACAUAUUUCACACAUCUUUCAUAUACCAUUGUAUUAUAGUCAGUGAUAACUGGUGAGCUUUCUUUAAUCUUAAACAUUUUGCCAGAACAUAUAGAGUUAAAUGAAUGUAGUGAUUAAAUAUUCUGCUGUCAUCAACAUUAAAGCCUUAUAAAGAUCAGUACUGGGCCUGGCAUUAGAAACAUUGCCAUAGGCCACUUUUCCACCAUUGGGUCGAACAAUUCUCAUCACAAAACCGUAAUAUUCCUUGCCAAUCCGGGCCAGUUGGCACGGUUGCAGUUUCUUUUUCCACUGUGGUGCAGUGAAAUCAAGAGAAUGGCCUUAACAGAUCUGUCUGUUGGUAAACAGUCAAAAACGUCUGAUCCGUCGUGAGAGGUAAACAUUGGAGCGAGUGCAGUGCAUUAUGGAGGAUGAUUGAAUAUUCCAGUUUUUAGGACUGCUUUUUCCUUGAUUUUACUCUCCUUACAAACAGCAAAGACACGGACCAUGUCGCAAAAAGGAAUUUACCAUCAUUUUCUGAGGGCUUGUGUUUGCCACUGGAAACGAACAUGCAGAAAGGUAAAAGUUUCCAGAUUAUAGCUAAAAAGUACAUUUAUAAGUAUUAUGCGAAAAUAGUAUUUAAGAAUAUAUUGACGUGUUUGUAGUUUAAAUGAGCUAGUAAUCUACUUCCCUGCCGAAAAAGGGGUGUAAAAAAAUAAAUGUAGGCUACAAUAAUUGUUAAACCAUCAUAAAAAAAUCAUGAAGAUACACUAAACGAGUCAUCGCAUACUAAAGCCAUUGAGAGUGCUUGUGUACGGUUAGCUAACCAUGCCGACAAUUCCGGGCUGAGAACGGUUUAUAAUCAUGCCGUGCCCAAUCCCGCUCAGGUGGAAAUGCUACUGUAACCAUUCCGUACCAUGCUAAGAACCGUUCGGCUCGAUGGUGUAAAAGUGACUAGAGAAACAAAUAAUUGCUUAUGUUGUCAUUACAGUAAUUAAAGCUGUGUCAUUGAGUCAGAUUUACUGUAAUUAUGAGCUGGUAACUCAGACACCUUUCCACCAUCGGGCCAAACAGUUCUCGUCACAAAACCGUAACGUUCCGUGCCGAUCCAGGCCAGUUGACACGGUUACACUUUCUUUUACCACUGUGGUGCUGUGUAAUCAGUAGAAUUUCUUUAACAGAUCCGCAUAACAGUUAAAUAUUGGAGCGAGUGCGCUAUUGAGGAUGAUUGCAUUUUCCAGUUUUUAGGAACACACAAAGGUAAAAGUUCCCAGACUAGCUAAAAACAUUUAUUGACAAAUUAUAACAGAAGUAUUAUAUGAAAAUAGUAUAUGAGAAUAUAUUGUUAUGCAUUUUGAGUUUAAAUGAGCUAUUCAUCUACUUUCCUGAUGAAAAAGGCAUGUAGAAUAAUAAAUGUAGGUUACAAUACUGGGGGGUUGGUGUUCUCUGUACUUUUCUGCAUAUCGCGGCACCAUUUUGUGGUCCGUUCUGCAUAACGUGGCGGCUCAUUUUAGCUUAUCGUGGCCCAUUCGGCACGUUUCGAGUCCCACUCGGUUCUCCCGGUAGCCAGUCCGCCCCUUAUCGGCCCCAAAGUGCGUCGGCCCACCGGGAAAAUGCCAGAUAAGAUAAGAUUUCCAGGACUAGAAUGGUUUAUAAUGGUGCUGUUCUGAAACGUGCGCAAGUGAAAAUGCUACUGUAACCGUUCUGAGCACGGUACGGCCCAAAUAUAAUGUAACAUAAUGCCAAAUGGGCUUGGUUGUUGAUAACAGCAAAAUAUUUAAUCAUUACUUUUAAUUCACCAUCUAUAUACAGUUUCUGCAAUCAACUGGAUGGUGCCAUGAUUAGUCUAAUUGCCUGUUUUCUGUUUCUGGUCUCAAGAAGCAAUGUAAAAACGACCAAAACAAGCUAACUAGAUGAAGGACAAAGACAAUUUAAAUGUUAGUUGGAGUAAAAAUGUGUUUCUGGCUUAACUUGUGCAGUUUCUCGCUGUCAAAAAUUGUUAAUGAUAUCAACAUACUUUACAAGUCAGAAUCUCUUAACUACAGUAAAUCUGACAUGACGUGAACAAAACAUAUUGCAAAGGAUGUGGGAUGCGGGAUGUGGACCAAUGAAAUUUCACCGUGGGUGGGGCUACCCAGUGUAAUGCCACUGAUAUAGAAACCAAGCAACCAACAAAAUGUCUUGUCGUUUCUCGUGCCUCGGAUUUACAUCAACGUGGCAUUCACAUUGUAGAAAAGGGCCAAAUUUGCAACUAGUUAAUUCAUUCAUCACUAUUAUAGAACAAAACUCAACUACCUUUAGAAACAGCACUGUAUUACUCCAUCACAGCGCAACUAACUACACUGAUAUUUUCAAAUAAAAAAUCUAUAAUCUAUCGAUAAUUGUAAAAAGGGCAUUUAAAGGACUAUAUUUUUUAUAUGUAUUUGUAAAACAGCUUAGAUGUGAUCAAUGCUUUUGUGCAAACUCAUCUCUGAAGCCACUACUUGUCUGUUGGGUGUAAUGUUUGAUUUCAUUUUUGAGUUUGUGAAAAGAUCACUCCGCUCUGCACUAGAUUGUUAAAGGAUGUUUAUUAGAUUAACACAUGGAUGCGUGUGUGAGAGAGUGAAUAUGUGUGCCCAAUACUAUGCUUGUACAUGAGGUUAUUUCAAAAUGCAUAUUACACUUCUACUGAACAAACAUAUUUUAUUUAUUCAAUGAGAGAGAGACGGUUUGAGAUAUAUGAGGAUAAUAUAUUUGUAUUUAAUUUUUAUUUUAGUAGAACUCACAGGGAGCAGAUAUACUGUAUGUCUUACAGAGAUAUAAGGAAUUUUAUGUGUGGUGAGGUGCGCUCAAUUCUUUGUGGUGUUUCGCAGUAAAGACUGAAAUCAGCUUUAUAAACAUGAGUGUUUAAUCUGAAAAACUGCUGUCCCUCGCACUUCCUUUAGAAUAUGUUUCUACAUAAAUAGAUCUGUAUGAUAAUCACACAUGAAGUAACUGGUGAAUGUAUAUCUGUUGUUGGUGGGAAACUGUACAAAUCUACUGUAUAUGAUCUAUAAGCCCUUUGCCUUAUUUAACACUGCCAGUGUUUCAGGAAAAAGUGCAAUCUACAGGUGUGAUUCGCCCUGCGGAGUGUCAGUGAAUAAACUAUUUGUUUUUGG